CCAAAAAUGGUUUAAACCACUAGGGCACGCCACCAUUAUUGAAUUUUCAUUCCCAAGGCAAACCUUAACCCUAUUAUAAAUAGGAGUUUGUCCGGCUUUGAUCUUUCUUCAAGAAACUUCAUAACACCAUAUCAAUGGAAAACGAAAACAUAGCCCCCAUUGAUCCCGGCAGCCCACUCUUCUUGUCCGGUGACGUCUUUGAACUGGCCGGCGUUCUUUUCCCUCAUGCCGUCUUUCACUUUCCUUCAAAGGAGAAGAAAGAGGCUUGCGACAAACACCGUCGCUUGUGUGAAGAGAGACAGCGGCUAGGCCUCAAAAGGCAAACACUCGAGGCUCGCAUCGCUCGGGUGGAGAGGAAGAUACGGGCUUUGGAAAGUGAUCCCUUUCAAUGGGAAUGGCGGAACUUUGAUUCUGUCGCUAAGAUCCCGAAGAUGCUCCGGAUGUAUCUCCGUGCUAAAGGAGUUUCGGGUCCCGUGAAUGCUCCGGUCCAUACCGUUCCAUCCGAUAGCGAGGAAGAAGACGAGGAGGAGACCAGUACCAGUCGGAAACGCGUUCGGGAUCAUCCCGAAGUGGAUGCCAAGAACAAGGCGUUCACUUCGAAGACUAAACCGGCGAUGAAGGAGCCUGUUCCUGAGCCUCUUCCAUAA